AUGCUGAACGGUCGCAGUGAGGCGAUUGUCAUCGUCACCGCGAUCUUUCUGGCGCUGUCACUAGUCACCGUCGGACUGCGAUGUUUUGUGCGAGCGCGUGUCGUGCGCGCCUUUGGGCUGGAUGACUGGACCAUGGUGGCGGCGAUGAUUCUCAACAUAUUCUUCGCCAGCUUUGGGAUUGCCGGUGCAUGCUACGGCAUGGGCCAGAAGACGGAGUAUUUUAGGGCUCGGCCAGAUCACUUUCGCCUUGCCGCACUGUACUGGUGGCUCGGUCAAAUCUUCUACGUGAUCACUUGCGUCGUCGCCAAAGUAUCCAUCAUCAUCUCGCUGCUGCGCAUCACCAUCAACCGGAUCCAUAUCGCCAUCCUCUACACCGUCAUGGCGCUCACCAUCGCGAUCGGACUUCUCUUCUUCUUCUUCGCCAUCUUCGAGUGCAACCCCACGGACUAUUUCUGGAACCGUCUGACCAAGACGGGAAAAUGCCUGGACACCGAUAUUCUGAUCACCAUCGCGUACGUCUAUAGUGCGGUUGCGGCCGUGACCGAUUUUACCAUUGGCUUCUUGCCCGUGUUUAUCAUCUGGUCGCUGCGCAUGAAUGCCCAGACCAAGAUCGCCAUCGCGGGAUUCUGGGCCUGGGAUGUAUUGCAAGCGCCGCGGUGA